UAUCUACAGAGUAUCUGCCUCCCCGUCAGCUCGUGUUGUAUUCGUCGUCCAAGAGCUUCGUCUCCUUCGCGGUAGCAUUGUAUACCUGCAUGACUUUUGUCACCUUGGCCCGUUGAUCAUAUCAGUUAUGCUCAUUGGUAUUAUAUGCCGUUUUCAUAAACUCGUUUCAUGACUCCAGCUCGUGUCACUUUAUCAUAGAUUGUUCUUGACUCGACUUCUCUCGUCAUUCCGUUCCGCUCAUCGCGUCACUUGAUGAUAUUCGACAGAAGAGAAACCUGUUCGCGGAUUACAGUCCCUUCCGGUUCUCCGAAUCGUCACUAAGGCUUUCGGUGAAAGGCUGUUUUAUAUACACACUAUAUUAGUCGUCCAAGACAGAUAUUAUCACUAAAGCCUGUCAUAAUUGACCUAUCAUCGUCUUUGGCGACGAUGAGUUUCACCGGCAAUUGCUAGGUGCUUACUUCCUGCCAGACUCAUAUGCUUGAAGAGAGAAGAUAUCUUCUCUCUGCCUUCCCAUGGCACGCGCCGACCUUAACUUCAUCCAGGAUUCGACGUCGCCUGUUGCGAAACAUGUGCAAAUUGGAAGUUCGAGUUGCGCGUCUGAUUCCGCGAGCAAUGCUCAUUCGAUCUAUCCCAACGACUCCGGUAUCAGCGGUUGGGAAUCUCUCCAUGACGACUCCUGCUCUACAAAUCGCCCUCCCCUCAAACUCAGCGACUCCCAGGGUUUCAUACCUUCAUUGAAUGCAUCAGAAUUUCCACCCCUUGAGCACAGAGGGCGAAUUUCACUGCAACCAAGACGCGCUAACACGGAUCCAGUGUCAUAUGGACAAUCUUGGAGAAGUUUUGGCGUUCACCAACCGAUCGAGCAAUAUACGUCAGAUCCGCCCAUUGGGAGCUACAAUCAUUCGCUGCAGAAAACCAAAAGUGUCAGAGCCAAGGUCAAUGUCAAACCUCUGCUCAAAAGAUUGUCCCGCGAUGCUUCCCAGUCAACUUCACUCGAUCUUUCACGAUCCUCUCUCGAGUACGAGGGUCUUGGAAUCUACACAAAUUUCGAUAAGGGAGGACUACAAGGUGAUUACUAUGGUGGCAGCUUGGGCAGAAGAACGGUAUCUGGUCUUCAUCAUCGAUCUACUAGUAGAGCGUCCCAAUUCUCUGCAGGAAGUUCUGGUGUGACAAAGCCAACCUCUCACUACAUCCAUCCAAUCCGCCAGACGCCUAGCGUAUAUACGCCCUUAAGCCAAUCCUACCAAACUUCUUCAGCUGAAAGUGACGACUCUGGGGACGCAGGUCUCUUCCUCGACGGAGAGCCCACGACUUUGUCGGGUUCAGACGGUUUCCAUAGCCUACAGCGACCUCGGUUGUCUUUGCAGACCCACAGGAACUCAUUCACGGGGUUGCCAGGGAUGUCGCAAACAAGUGUUGCGGGUCGACAUUCCUUUGGCUACUCCAGGGAUAACAGCGGAAACCUCGACUCACCUUCACAGAAUUCUCGGUCAUCUUUAGAUUUCGUGUUUCGACCAAAACAGCGGGCAAAUACCGAUCCCAUAUCACGGGCUGCUACAAUUCAGGCAGCACGCAAAGCAUUCGAAGAGAAAGAAGCAGCGAAGGCACGGAAGUUCGAAAGGCAACAAAUGAAGGCAGAAGAAAGACAAAUGCGCCGCCAGGAGAAACAACUUUCCCACAGAACCUCCACAGACUAUCAAAUGGUGGGGACAUCAUCUGAAAAUGCUGCCCCGGAAAACGACCUCUCAGAGAAAUUAGCUAGCCCUGAGCCGGACGUAUCUUCACCCGCUCAAUCCAAAUCUCCAUCAUGGAGAUCCCAGUCCAAGAGUAGAUGGAUGCUUUUUGUAACCUGGCUACAGACCAGAGUAUUCAAGCUGCGAAGGAGAUUACGGAAACCCCAUUGAUAUCUGCCUUCCCCCCCUUUAUCUGACGUUUUAUUCCUCAUCAUACGGGCGCAAAUGAUGACCACCGGAAUCUUUAGUUUGAGAAGACGGCGGCCUUAUACUCGUGGGCAUUAUCUAUCCACUUUUUCCAUCGAGUAUGAACGAUUUUCCUUUGUCUAGAUGCUAUGUUUUCCAUUACAAAAGCCAAGUUCUUCAUAGACUUGAAUGAUGAUUUCUAUGAAUUAUC